AUGGCUCGGAGAGCCACCACCCGGUGGCACCACAUCCCCAUCCUGGUUCUGCUGUAUCUCUGCGUAGACUCGUGCGCCGCGGGAGGGCCUCUGGUGAGUCGUACACUCCUCCAGGCCGGUGCCACGGUCCCGGGAAUUCCGGACACGAAAGCCCUGAUACUCAACACCACGGCUGGCAACGGGACGGAGAAGCACAAGGACACCAUUGCACAUAUCCUGGAUGAGGCUCUGCGGGAGGAGUUCAAGCACGAGGAGGAGAAGAGCGCAGAGCAGGGCAGCGAAUACAAUAAAACCGCGCAGGCCGGCGACUAUGUCCUCUCCAAGGCCGGGGAGGAGGGCGGCAUGGGCAUCACCCUCGACCCGCGUCUGGUCAAGGACCUGACCGUGCUCAUCGCCGCUUGCGCGCUGAUGGGCAUGGCCAUGGAGGCGGUGGGGCAGCCCACCAUCAACGGCUACUUCAUCGCAGGGUCGGUGGUGGGGCCGGGGGCCCUCAACUGGGUCAGCGAGCCUGUGCAGGUCCAGUCCCUGGCCCAGCUGGGGGUCCAGCUCCUGCUCUUCAGCCUGGGCCUGGAGUUCUCGCUGGCCAAGCUGCGCGCUGUGCGCGACGUGGCGCUGCUGGGCGGCGCGCUGCAGGUGGCCCUCCUCUCCGGCCUGUCGGCCGGCGUGGCUGCGGCCAUCGGCACCUCCCCCUCCCUGGGCGCCUUUGUCGGUGCGCUGGCGGGCAUGAGCAGCACCAGCAUCGUGGUCAAGUGCCUGUCGGACCGGCGCUGCCAGCACAGCGCCAGCGGGCAGAUCGUGGUGGGCACCCUGGUCAUCCAGGACUGCAUGCUGGGCGGCGCGGUGGCGGUGGCCGCCGCGCUGUCACGCCUGGUGCUGCCCCGCGCGGCGGGCUGGGUCGCACGCCACGCCAGCGCCGAGAUCCAGGCGCUGGCGGGCGUGGGCGCGUGCUGCUGCGCCGCGCUGGUCACCACCCGCCUCGGCAUCUCUGCCGAGCUGGGCGCAUUCAUGGCUGGGGCCACGCUGGCCGCCGCGGGGGUGGGCGCGGCCAUCCACGCCCGCCUGGACGCCAUCACCCACUUCUUCCUCGCCCUCUUCAUCUCCUCCACGGGCAUGGUGCUGGCGCCCCCCUUCCUCCUCCACCACCUCCCCGUCCUGGCCGCUGGUGCCGCGCUCGUUGUCCUCGUCAAGGGCCUCGUCGUUGGCGGCGUGGUGCUCGUGUUUGGGUACGGGCUCGAGGUGGCGGCCGGCGUGGGCCUGGCCCUGGCCCAGGUCGGCGAGUUCGUCUUUGUCCUGCUUUCCUUGGCGCACGGCCAGGAGCUGCUGGCCACGCAGGUCUAUCUCCUCCUCAUGGGCAUCACUGCGCUGUCGCUCCUGGUCACCCCCUUCCUGCUCCAGCUGUCGAUGCGGCUGGGCACGGGCCAGUCCUGGCUGGCGGUGGCUCCCUCGGAGGUGCAGAUGGCGGGCUUCCCCGACUCGCUCACGGUGCGGGGGAGGAGGGAGCCUUUGGUGUCCGCGUCGGGCAAGUACACGGCGGCGUCAUGUGCCUGGCGAUGGGGGUCUGGCGUCUCCAACAUGCAUCGCACCUGCCUGGCCCCCUCCCCACCCGCUCCGGACACCCCGCCCCCACCCCACCCUGCACCAGUCAACCCCAACGUCCCCGGCCUCGCCUCGCAGAGGCCCCAGCGGUAUCGUACGAGCCCGCCCCCCGCACUCCACCCCGCCGCCCUAGACCCGGCCGCCGGCACGCGGAAGCCGCGCAGCAGCAGCGUCGACCUCGCCGCCGCCGUGUGA